UUGGAUGAUGAUUUAUAUGAUUUUGAUAUAGAUAUCGAAAAUAUUGAGCAUCCAGCACAAAAUACUAAUGCAAAAUGGAAAUUGGAAAAUAUAUUCAAGUGUGAUUUAAAUUGUCCUUUUUAA